CUGUCUGACAGGCACCAGAGCAGGAAGUAAAGUUGAAUGACGGGUUGGUUCUCUAUUCUUUGCUAGGCAGACCGAUGUGGGAUACUUUUGUUAGAAACAUUUUGAAAUACAGUGUUUUGUCUAAUGAGGAAAACAGUUUGUGUUAAAGUUAAACUUGUAAGCCUGAACAAUCUUGUGGUGAGUGCAAUUCUUUUGACAGACGGACUCAAACUCUCAGGCUGCUGCUGAAAGUGAAAGUGAAGCUGGUGAAAUUGCUUUCAGAGGAGAGAGAGUUUAGUGUGGAGACAAAAAAUGGCUUCUAAACUGGAAGAGGAUCUCACAUGUGCUGUGUGCUGUGACAUCUUCAAGGAUCCCGUGUUGUUGACCUGCACUCACAGUGUGUGUAAAACCUGUCUGCAGCAGUUCUGGGAGAGUAAAGGACACAGAGAAUGUCCCUACUGCAGGAGGAAGUGCUCAAAAGAAGAAUAUCCCCUUAACAUGGCAUUAAGGAACCUGUGUGAGACCUUCUUACAGGAGAGAAGUCAGAGAGCUUCAGCAGGGUCUGUGGUGCUCUGCAGUCUGCACAGUGAGAAACUCAAGCUAUUCUGUCUGGAGGAUAAGCAGCCUGUGUGUCUGGUGUGUAGAGACUCUAGGAAACAUAAAAAUCACACCAUCAGUCCCAUAGAUGAAGCAGCAAUUGACCGUAAGGAAGAGCUCAAGAUCAAACUGCAGCCCUUACAGAAGAAACUGAAGACCUUUGAAGAAGUCAAACUCAUCUGUGACCAAACAGCAGCUCAUGUUAAGACUCAAACCCAGAACACAGAAAAGCAGAUCAAGGAGGAGUUUGAGAAGCUUCACCAGUUUCUACGAGAUGAAGAGGCAGCCAGGAUAGCUGCACUGAGGGAGGAAGAGGAGCAGAAGAGUCAGAUGAUGAAGGAGAAGAUUGAGAAGAUGAGCAGAGAGAUCUCAUCUCUUUCAGACACAAUCAGAGCCAUAGAAGAGGAGAUGGGAGCUGAUGACAUCACAUUCCUGCAGAACUACAAGAGCACAGUGGAAAGAGCCCAGUGCACACUGCAGGAUCCAGAGAGGGUUUCAGGAGCUCUGAUCAAUGUGGCAAAGCACCUGGGCAACCUGAAGUUCAGAGUCUGGGAGAAGAUGCAGGAGAUUGUUCAGUACACUCCUGUGACUCUGGAUCCCAACACUGCACACCCAAUACUCAUCCUGUCUGAGGAUCUGACCAGCGUGAGACUUGGUGAUGAGAGACAGCAGCUUCCUGAUAACCCAGAGAGAUUUGAUAUGUAUGCCAGUGUCCUGGGCUCUGAGGGCUUUAACUCAGGGACUCACUGCUGGGAUGUGGAGGUUGGAGAGAACACAAGGUGGAUUGUGGGUGUGAUGGCAGAGUCGGCCCAGAGAAAGGGAGACUAUGGUGAUGUGAGUGGAGAGUGGCGUGUGUGUUAUAAAGAUGAUGAAUACAUAGCAGGUGCUACACCACAGCCCUCCACUCUCCUCACAGUGCAGCAGAAACUCCAGAGGAUCAGAGUGCAGCUGGACUGGGACAGAGGAGAGCUGUCAUUCUCUGACCCUGAUAAUAACACACACCUACACACUCUCACACACACUUUCACUGAGAGAGUGUUUCCAUACUUUAAUGGUGGUAGGGUGUCUCCUCUGAGUAUUGUAGCAGUGAAGGCCUCUGUGUCAGUGAGCAGCCCAGUUAGAGCAGAAACUGUCUCUGUCUGAACAAGAGCCCACAUGCAGAGAUGGAUGGAGGCAUGUGGGGUUCAGUCAUGAGUCACUCACACAGUAACUGCAGUCAAUCUGAUAUCUGACCUGUGAGGCAUCGUUUUCUGGCUACUUUAAUUUAGUUCAGAAUUGUCUGAUGUUCUAUGUUGAGUAUCCUCUAAAAUAAGAUGCCAUUUAUUACACUAUCCUGGUAUUUCUACAUUGCCCAUGUCUCUAUACAAACACAUAAAAAAAAUAAAAAAAAUCAGUUCAAUAAAUCAUGUGGACAUUUGUGAGGGUCUCUCCUUUUUAGAAUUUAGCUCAUUUAGAGGGCCAUCUGAUGGCCAUUGUUGGAACACAAACUACAAACUGUGACAGUGCUGACUAUUUGGCUAUAUGCAUUAAACUAUGAUUGGUGUAUUAGGCCUAUUCUGUGCACACCUGUAUAUAAUAUUUGUAUGAAUUGUUUAGGGGUGUCACUUUCCUAUAGGGGCUUGUGAAAGUCUCAGUAUGAAUACUGCCAUCUAGUGGUGGUUAUUGUGUAACUACAUGCUCCUCACCUGUGAGGUUUCCAGUAGCAGAGCAGCAACACAGCACAGGUGCAGCUGGUCCUGCUGCUGUCUGAUCUGAGGUCAGAAAUGCUGGAGAUUAAACAGCACUAUAGAGACUGAGAGCACUGCAGUAAACACAAACUCCUGCACUAGUCAAGACUGAUUAUUACAUGAAUCAAAUCAAAUGUCAUGUAUGUAUU